AUGGCUGGUAUUCAGAAGAGAGAGGGAAUGCACUGUAAACAGAGGUGGCCCAAGAUUAACGAGGGGGUAUGUAAGUUCGUUGGAUGUUAUGAAGCGGCAACAAAACAGAGACCGAGUGGACAGAACGAGGAUGACGUUUUGAAGAUGGCUCACGAGAUUUUCUUCAAUGAUUACAAGUCCAAGUUCACCAUGGAGCACACAUGGUUGGAGCUUCGCCAUGACCAGAAGUGGUGUGGAACACAAACUACUAAAGAUAAAGUUCAAUCCAAGAGGAGGAAGUUAGACGAUCUAUCGGCUCAGUCAUCAACUUCUGUUGCAGGAGAUGAUGAAGCAAUGGCUCGGCCAGAUGGUGUUAAAGCUGCAAAGGCUAGAGGAAAAAAAGGUGUGAGUAAGCCAGCGUCUCUGGAAGAAGAAGGAAAGGAGUUCAAGAGUAUCUGGGAGAUUAAACAGAGAGACUUUGAUUUCAAAGAUAAGCUUAACAAGCAGAAAUUGCUUGAUAGUCUAAUUGCCAAGACUGAGCCACUUUCGGAACUAGAAAUAGCUUUGAAAAAUAAGCUUAUAACCGACAUGUUGGCAAUCUAG